AUGAUUGAGGUCGACGAGCUUGUUCGCGAAGUCAGUGGUGUCUUUCAACAAGAGCUGCCUGUCGCUUUCCUGGAGGUUCCGCCAGGUACCCUGUUUUUUCAGGUCACGCAAGGCCAGGUACUCACAGCAGCUACGCAGCCUGAAGGGCCUUAUAAUGCCACUACGCAGGGAGCAACUCCAGCCGGAGCCCCAGACGCAACGCAGCAAAUGCAGAGUGCAUCCUCACAUGCUUCUGCACAUACCCAGGACGAGCACUCAUCUCAGGUUGAUAAUGAUGGCCCACAGGUUCCCGCAGAGCUAGACACUGCCGUCCAGCCUCCAAGUGACUAUGCGACGAUCACUUUUCUCAUCUUGGCACCUGACUACUUGCCGGAGCAGGUCGAAGUCCGAUUCGCCCUGCCACAAACCACUGAAACAGCGCUGCAAGCCGUUGCUGCUGCCAGGGGACCCAUCUCUGCACAACGUUUCCCCAGGCUUGUCACAGUUGACUUCCAGCCGUUCAGUGAGUUUGCCAUUGCACUGGCCAUGCCUCGAUGGACACCUUCCUUGAUGUUCGUGUUCUUCGACUGUAGCCGACUCAACAACCGCAUAUUCUGCUUGGACGUGCUUCCCACAGUUACACGUGCCGAAAUCCUCAGGCUGGUAGGCCUACCGGAUUCUUCCGAUGCAGUUGUCUACUCUGAAGAUAUGCCUUGGCCCCUUGCCAAUGGGCAACGGCUCAACCUUCGCCAUGGGCACACCAUACAGGUCCUACCAGCUGGACAUGGUUACUUCACGGUCGCGCGUUUGUCAGACAUGUUGCUAUCUGGCGCAGGCUGGAAUGCUCAGGCUGAUUUUCCGUGCGUUUUCGAAGACACAGCAUGGGUCGUCUCUGAUACAGGUGCAUAUCAGUUUGCAGUGCAGCCAGACCGUCGACACCUUAUCCGUCAAGACAUUGCAUCUCGUGCAGGGGUCGAGACAGCCAGUAUGAUACUGCGUCCGGCUACACCCAAUGUUUGCAACCACAUGCACAAAGGCUCUGUGUCCAGAGCUGUCCUUGCUGCAGCGAUUGCCAGUCCUGGUACCACGUACCACACACCCAGGCACCCUAUAUGUGUAUUAGACCUUCGUCCGAUCCUGCUGGGUUUUCAGUGGCGCUUUGCACCCCACGGCACACUGGAUGCCGUCACAUUGCUUGCUCAGCUUCAACCAAGGUGCCCCAUAGGUUUUGUAAUUGCAUAUUCUGCAGGUGGCGACCCACCGAUGCCUCUGACAGGCGCUCUUGCCGUUCAAGAUGGACUCACGGUUACUAUAGAGUUUCUGCCACAAACUGACUCCUCUAGUCUGUCACAAGGAUCGAUCCCUCCUUCAGCUCCAGACACUGACAGGCCAAGAAGACAGACAGGCACCGGCGACGCAGCCUCAGGCAGCCAAGCAGGGCAUCAAGCAACAGCCCCUGGAACAGGCGGUUCACCGGAAACUCUAGCCACCGAUGGCACCGUACAGUUCAACAGCACAAUUGCCGAGUCAGCGUUAGCCUACCAUAGGCCGCACUCUGAACUACCGAGGUCUAUUCAGGGUCUUCAAGUUCGGUUACUUCUCCUCAUCCUGGGUUUCAUUUGCUCGCUAGGCAAUGCCCCAGUAGGACUUCUGCUUCCAGCCGUCGUCCUUUGUGGAGAAUUUGUUGUUGGGGCAGGGUCUCCAAUUUUGGACCCACACCCAGGAGCAGAGGGAGAACCACAACUUUCAGUCGUAUGCCCAGCAGCGAUUCCUUUCCGCUGCCCACAACGACUAUUGCCUACGCCCUGUAGAUCUCGGCAGGAUCCGGUGCAGUUACAGUCACUGGAUCUAGCAUGUGGAGCGCUUGGACCCACACUGCUGGAGGAAGCAGCAUCUACGCCUGGAUGUCCUGCCUUUUUGUUAGCAGUAGGCCUGCUCGACACUCUCUUCGAACACUUUGUCCAGACAGCCCAUCGGCCAGUCCUUGAAUUGCAAUCUUGCAUUCCUAUUUCCACCUAUCAGCAACAGGUUGCGGAGCUCCGGACAAUUGUCCCCACCACUGUUGAUAUUUCCGCGCAGCUGCAAGGCUUCAGUCUAGAUUGGCUAGACAACGAUCUUGGCCCACUGGUGCGAGAUCCUGCCACUCCCGUGCAGUGGAAGGCAGCCUUUGCCAAUUUUAGAACCACCCACAUGCUUGCAGCAGAUGAGGUGCCACACCGCAUUAUCAUCUACACAGAUGGUUCUGCCUCGCAGCAGACUGAUGCAGCUCUCGGACCUGCUGCCUGGGCCUUUUGUGCAUGGCUUCAGACUACCACAGGUCUGAGCCUCAUAGGCUACAGUGCUCACUCUAGUGUCCCGCCAGAUACGCCAUAUUGGCUUCAUGAAUCACAGGACGAUUCUUGGACGGCAGAAGUACUGGCUCUGGCUUGGGCCCUUGUGUGGUCUGUCGAAUUCGGGGCAGGCUAUCGAGUGCCCAUAGAAUUUCGAUAUGAUGCCACUGCACCAGGGUGUGGCACAUUCGCAGCUAUGGCACACAAGGUUGAAGAUGCCCAAAGUCACACUCCACUAGCGGUCUUCACCAACGUCCUCCGACAGACCCUUGAAGUGCGUACGCCAGUCUCGCACCAACACGUCAAAGGACACAGCGGAGAUCUGGGCAACGAAAUUUGCGAUCUCCUUGCCAAAAGAGCUCGCAAAUCACCAGAAGACUUCUAUGACAGAUGCCUUCCGCUUUGGCCGGGGAAAUGGAUACAACACCCGUUAGCCAGUUGGGGGUGGACCAUAGGCUACAGCGGGGUUGACAUUCCAGAUCUUGCCAAUUUCCAGAUCGAAGCACACCGACUUCAGACCACUCCCGUUUGCCCUAAGCCUCCCUCCUUAGGAGUGAUUGAGCGCAAGUACAGAGAGGCAGAGGCAGUCUAUGAAAUCCAUGUAGCUUCGUACAACGUGCUUACGCUCUUCGAUCCAUGCGUCCCCCAUGGACGCGCAAAACGUCUCGACAACGUCGGGCUCAUGACAGCCGGCAAAAGAGACGUUUUGAAGCGGCAGUUCAAAGCUCGCGGCUUGUGGCUCAUUGGACUGCAAGAAACUAGGUUGCCAGAAUCGGCUGUUCUUCCCGACAGUGACUAUAUAAUGCUCAACUCGCAAGCUACCACAGGUGGUCACGGAGGUUGUGCGCUUUGGAUCUCCAAACAGCAUAUUUAUGCAAGAGAUGCGUCUCAUAACCAUCGUGUACUUGCAAAUCAGCUCACGGUGGUGUCGAGUUCACCCAGACACCUCCAAGUGCACAUUGAAACGCCUCGCCUCAAACUUGCCGUUCUCGUUGCACAUGGCCCUAGGGCAGCCACCAACAACGAUGCGACUGUCAGUAGCUUCUGGACAGAGCGUGCACAGGCCCUUUGCGGUCGUCCACAUGGCAUGGAGUGUGUUGUUCUUACGGAUGCAAAUAGUCACGUUGGAUCACUCGCCACCACAUUCAUUGGCGGACAUGGAGCAGAGGAGGAGAACUUCGAGGGUUCCUGUUUCCAUGAUUUUCUGACAGCAGUUGGGUGUUUCCUCCCAGCCACUUUUGAUCAUUUUCACAGUGGCCCGCAUCACACCUGGAAGGGGCCAGGCGACAACCCGGUUUCGCAUCGCUUGGAUUUUGUAGCUUUCCCAAUCGAAUGGUUCUCCUUCGACAUCCGCACGGUUGUAUGGGAAGGCUUUGAAGCACUCCAAGCUCGACAAGAUCAUGUUCCGACACUUGCCCUUGUUAGUUUUAGUAAGUUGCAGGCUGCCAGCAGCUACCAGAUGUCUCGACGCAAGCCUUGCAGACCUAAAGUAGACCCCACCCCACAGCAACGUGCACUUUUCCAGAACGCACUGUGCCAAGCCUCGACCGCCCCGUGGCACCUUGAUAUCGACACCCACUAUGAUCAAUGGGUGAGUACACUUCUUGCUGCUGCACAGCCCCUAUGUGAGGAGAAGCAGCCAACGACAACACAAGAGUAUCUCACCCAGCCCACUCUUACCCUAGUACAUCGUCGUGCUGCCAUUCGGAGAUACAUUUGGCAAGAAAAUCAUGAAAUCCAACGACGACGUCUCAUUGUGGGAUUCACAGCAUUGCUGUUGAAUCGAUCCGGUGGGGCUUUCACCCAGCGUGCUCAACGAAGUGCGGAAACCUGGUGGCGCCAACUUGACAUCAGCCUAGCGCAUGCUUUGGCGCAGCUCUAUGAGACUACGACGGCCAUCCGAGCAGCCGUCAAACGCGAUCGCGCAGCCUUUCUAGCUACGCUGGUUGAACAAAUCUCCUUCCAAGACAUGCGUUCACCCAAGGCCUUGUACCAAGCCGUGCGCAGGGCGUUUCCCACUGCCAAAUCAGCUAGAAGAGUGGCAUUUCAACCGCUACCAGCAGUCCGUCUCGAGGAUGGUACUCUGGCACAGACCGUUGAGCAGCGCCAAGCGCGCUGGAUUGAAUACUUCAGCCAGCAAGAGGCUGGGGUUCAUGUCACAGCCCAAGACUACCAGCUUGCCUUUGCAGCCCCAGAGGUUGAGAUUCUGCCAGCCGGCCCUGUCUUCUCCAUUGAAGCAGUACCGACGUUGCACGACAUUGAGCAACAGCUCCUCCGCUCCAAACUUCGGAAAGCAUGUGGCCCGGAUCAAAUUACCUCAGAGAUCCUACGCCUGUCAGUGCCACAUGUUUCCAAGUUACUCCUGCCAGUAUGUCUAAAGACGAGUUUAGGAGUUCGUGAGCCAUCAGAAUGGAGAGGAGGUUGCCUCCUCUGCCUGGCCAAGCGUGCGCAGACGGCACUCGAAUGCAAAGCAUUCCGCUCAAUCCUCAUGGCUAGUGUUGUCGGCAAAGCACAUCAUCGCAUCCUUCGCUCAAAACUUACCCCCACGUUUGCAGCAUACAAAACCUCACUCCAAGCUGGGCAGAUGAAGUGCAGUGGAGUAGAGGGUAUUGCGCACCUUGCCCGCACUUUUCAGCUCAUUGCCCAUCACCGUCGCGAGUUUUGUGCGAUCACUUUUUAUGAUGUCAAAUCUGCCUUCUAUCAAGUCAUCAGACAAACCCUACUUCCCUCACGCAAUGGUCUUGACGACACAGGUUUCCUCCGUCUCCUACACGGCAUUGGCAUUCCGGAUUCAGCCAUCCCGGAGCUGGCACAGCACCUUCGGAAUAUGGCUACUCUCAGUGCUGCUGGUACGGAUGAUCACCUUGUUAGUCAAGUAGCCGACCUCUUCCGAGGCAGUUGGUUUAGACUCGAUAAUGCUGGGCCCCUGGUCUUGACCCGUAAGGGUACAAGACCAGGGGACCCGAUGGCAGACAUACUAUUCGGAUUCACCUUUUCGGCCUAUCUUCAUAGUAUCGAGCUUGCUUUGACCCGAGCAUCUCUCAAUACUCCUGUGCCCACUUUCGUUGAGCCAUCUAUCUGGCACGAUUGGCCGACCAUUCAGGAUGUAGGCUGCCUUGCAUGGGCUGACGAUUAUGCCCAUAUGCAAACUGCCUCCACGCAGCCCGUUCUUUUGCAAAAGGUCACCAAAGCCACUUCCUUGCUGGUGACACAUGCCUCCGCAAAUGGCAUGCAGCUUUCUUUUGCAGCCGACAAGACAGCUGUGCUCCUUUGUACCUUGUGCUCCCGAGCGUUGCACCCCCCGGUGGUCAGCAACGAACAAGGUGCACCCGGUCUGCUUGUGCAUGACAGCAUCACAGGCACAGAUUCUUUUCUGCAAAUUGUUGACUCCUACCGUCAUCUUGGCACCAUCGCGGUUGCCAAUGCCACGCCAGGACCAGAGAUCGCCUUCAGAGCCUCCCAAGCUACUGCCACCGUUAAGCCUCUGCGGCGACGACUCUUUUCAUCUCCAGAUGUACCCCUGAGUACCCGCCGUAUGCUCCUGCGUGCACUAGUUGUAUCCAAGUUCGUUUUCUCCAGCUGCGCCAUCACCCUGCAGGCCGGUGUUCAUCGGCGGACAUGGUGCAAGCAUUACAUUGCUUUGUGGCGUAAUCUUUGCAGAUGGAAACAGGUCGAAGCUCAGCCUCACGCGUUUCAGGUUCUGCUUACAGCUUCUGCCACUUCGCCUCUCUUGGCGGUUGCACUGGCACGCGCCACUUACCUGCGAAGGCUGUUAAAGUGGGGUCCUCCCGAGCUUCUACACCUUCUACAGGCCCAUUGGCGCCUCAGCCCUUCCUCCUCUUGGUUGGGACAAUUUGAGUUCGACAUUCGCGCAGUCGGGGUCACGCUCCCCGAUGAACUUGCUGUUCUCCGCGGCGGCUCUUCUGUCGAGCGUCUACUAGAAGCAGUGCAGGAGGAUCCACAUUGGUGGCCGCGCAUGAUUCAACGGGCCACUAAGAAAUACGCAGAGGAGCUGCAGGUAUGGCACCAGCGCAGAGGUGCGUCUACCUUAACUCCGCAGCCAAAUGCUCCCCUUGGUGAUUCUCGGCCCUUUGUCUGCAAGGACUGCGGUGCGGCCUUCAAGCUGCGCAAGCACCUGGGUGUUCAUUGCGCACGUACUCACGGGCAACUCAGCCCGGCCAGACAUUACGCAGUGCUGCCUUUUUGCCUUGCAUGCCACAAGUGGUUCCACGACAUCGGCCGCGUCCAGUAUCACCUCAAACAAAACCAUCGAUGUAUGACUCGACUUCUGCAUACCAUUCCUCCCCUGACCACCGCACAGGUCUAUGAGGUUGAGGCAGACAAUACUCGGAGACUGCGCAAACUCCGACAGGGAGCUUGGAAGUCAUAUACCGCAGCAGAGCCGACACUACAGGUUUUCUUUCCUCGCCUCCCCACUUACACGGAAUCCCAACCUGAGGACUCCGACACUCUUGAUACUCUCCGACCACGCUACCGGCCAUCGCCCUCCACGGUUCACUGGCUCAUGAACUGGCUGCAAGAAGCUUCGGUAGAGGGUCCUCGGUCAGAGAUUCAAGAGUUCUGGCUCCAGAGCCCGACCACUGCCCUGGAGCCUGAAAUUCUUAAGUUUCCCUUGGUCGCCUUGACCUUGCUGUCACCUGCAGUUGCCUACAAGCGGAUUGCAGCGGCAGUCGAUGGAACUAUUGUGAGCCAGAGUGAUUUUGCAGGAGGUCGCAUAGCCGGCUACCAGGCUGUUCAGGAGGUCGUGAACCCGCUCUUUGAGGAGCUCCAGCUGACCAUGUCCUGCUGCAAAGAUGCCAUGCCCAUGGCAGACGAGAUCGCCGCAAAGAUUAACCUCAACGAGAUCCAGGGGGACGAGGAAACAAUGGAGAAGGAAGUCGAGUCACGGUACAAGGACAAAUGCAGCAGGGUGGAUCUUCGCGACUCCAUGGAAAAGGGCUCGAAAGAAUGCAGAUACGCUUUCAUCUUCAGCAACGCUAAGUUCGCCGACCUCAGAUACCAAGCCACCUGCGUGCCUGCGCAGAUGUGCGCCGCAAACGUUGCCGGCAUGACAGAGGGGAAAAUCGCACUUUAUGGCGUCGUCUUGAGGAUCAUCAUGAAGACGUACGGCAAACUUGCCUACAUUGGGCAAGGCUAUCAAGGCGCCUGCACAGCAGGCAUGAAUGAAGUGAACAAGGGAAACAUCGACUACUUCUACAAGUCAAGGCCGAUUAUGUGGGGAUCAGCAGAACUCGGCAAGCUUCCUCCAUCCAUCGACGUGCCUGGCAUGGGCAAGGCGGCAUUCCUUAGUCUUGCUAUGCUUACGGGUUUCGAUGAAGUUGUCAACCCAAGCGAGACAGAUUCGCACUCUUCAGUCGAGGGUGCAGAGCCGAGCAAGCGUCUUGCUCGACAGGAGGAAGAAGAAGCGCUAGCAGAGUUCGCCAGGCAGUAUGAGUCGUGCAGCGUCCGGGAGAUCAGACAAGAGACUUCAGACACGGAAAAGCAGAUUUCCGCACUUACAGAGCAGAUUCGGCAUCUCAGGAACAAGUCCGUGUACCUAGCAAAGCUUCUGGAAGACAAGGUUAUCACAGCCACUGUCACCACCGUUUCGGGCGAGAGGCGAGAGCUUUCCGCACGUCUCGGCGAGAUGGUUGCGGAAGUUAAGGCCAGAGCAGAGGAGCUGGGUUUGUUUGGGCAAGCUCCAGGUUGUUAUCUUGUUCCAGAUAAUCCUUUCCGUGGCAGAGGCUUUCGUGUGGUCUCUGGCGUCAAGUUCUGCUACGAAGGGGAGGAGAUGGCCGACGAAAAGAGCAUGGCGCAUUACAAUCUGGAUGAUGGAGCCGUGGUGACGGUAUUGGUGAAUGAGCAGCCGCUGACUGGAAGGCAUCUGAAGUGCAAAAACCGUGAUUUUCUUGCCGGAAUGCUGGUGACUGCUGGUACAGGUGACAUCCCCUGGACAUUUCCGAAGGUGCCGACAUCGCCAACAUCUGACAGAUCCAUCCAGCUGUCUUUAAUGGAGGUCGGUGUUUUCGACGCCUUUGAGCCGUGCCCACCGGAUCCCUACAAAGGUUACCUGUAUAUCUUUGACAACCGGGCCUGGGACAAGAAUGCCAGUGUCACGAACGCCACACAGUUGGUGAAAGAGGUGGAGAGGCUGAGGAAGGAGAAGGACGCAAAGGAGAAGGCGAAGAAAGAACUGGAGGCUCUUCAGAGAACACUCGGCGAGGGUGCAGGUGAGGGUGCAGUUCUGCGCAAGCUGCAGGCGGACAUCGUACUCUGA